UCUAUGAGUCAUGUUAUGUCAACACACUUGGCUUUUUUCUUUCCAGAGUACAACAUCUCAGCUGCAGCCAUCUCCAUCUUCAGUCUGGCCUUCAUCAUCCUGGGCUCUCUGUGUUUGGUGGGAUCGUGUACUGGUAAAGGCAAAGGACGAGAUUACCUCCUUAAACCUGCUGGCAUGUUUUUCGCAUUUGCAGGUCUCUGUGCCUUCAUCUCACUAGAGGUGAUGCGUCAAUCGGUCAAACGCAUGAUCGAGAGUGAGGAAACAAUCUGGAUUGAACACUACUACUCCUGGUCCUUCGCUUGUGCCUGCUCGGGCUUCGUCCUGCUCUUCCUCACUGGCAUCGCCCUUCUGCUCCUCUCCAUGCCCCAGAUGCCCAGGAAUCCAUGGGAGACUUGCAUGGACGCCGAGCCGGAGCAAGCGGAGUGAUAGCUAGACAGAAAGAUGAAUACAGGAUAUGAGGAGAGUGACUGUGUCUUUUGUUUUGAGUACAGAUGUUACAUUAAUUUGGAGAACAAGAGCUGGCCAUAAAAGGGUAACGUCAUGAUGACAGAAACUGGUUUGGGUGUGGACGGACCAUGGCCUCGAUGGGAAAAUUACCUCCCUGAAAUUAUACAGCAACUUGAACAUGGGGCUUUUGGUGAAGUUUUAAAUGUUUGCCUUAUCCUGUUUUCCCACUCAGAGUGUAAAAUAUAGCAACUCUCUUCAACACAUCCAGUGUUAUACUGGAGAUCACAGCUCAAGUCUGACCUGAGGCCGAAAAAACCCCACCAUACUUCUAAAUAACCUGGUCCAAAUACCAUUUGCAAUUAUUGUAAGCACUAUUAGUAUACUAUACAACCCUUACUUACAACUGACAUAGAAAUGUUAACAAUGAUUUAUCACACUAUUAUGUGAUGUGCUCUGGUUGGUCUCCCAGCUGUCCUCAUUAUGAACGCCUUAGUUAAAAAGACUACAAGAUUUUAGAUUGAGUCAAAAAUUUAAGAAUAUAGUGCAUUCAGUCGUGGUUUGACGUCCACAGUAGGUUAAUUCAUGUGAUUUUAUGCACUGCAUUAUGUAUAAUAUCUUGUACAUAUCUAAUGUUCAUCUGUUGAUUUUUGUAUGCGAUCGCUCAAGGAAUCAAUUACAAGAAAUACCAAUUAGAUAAGAGAAGUGGAGACAUGUGCAUUCAAAUGUUAAGUUUUGUAUUUAUAAGAACCUUUAAAGAUGAAGAAUAUCUGAUCAAAAUAAGAACUGAAUAAAUGAAUGAUUUCGAGCAAAGCAGUAGCACAGAGCAGGUUUGUGUGUGUGUGUGUGUGUGUCAGACUGAAUGCUAAACACCCACUCAGUCUGCAGCGCUGAUCAUGUUGGAAAAGGUUCAGCUCCAGCAGGUGCACAUGCAAGGCCUUUUACUUUUUGUUGACAGCUUCCAAACCAAACUGAUACAAAAAAAUUCUCUGUUCGUGUUCAUGCGUCAUUGUGACCCAUUUGAAACGUGGCAAGUUGCUAUUUGCGUUCGUCCAUGUUUCUGUGUAAACAAACAUGCAGAAUAUCACAGAAACCCCCAACGGGUGCAGGAUGUUUACUUGCCAGCCUUUGGCUCCAUGUACAUACAGCGUCAGAUAAACUGCCAUUGAGUUUUAUUUCAACUGUAAAGAAAUAUCAUGCUGUUACAUUAUAGAAUGGACUAUCAUUCACCAGUUGAAUCACGCAAACACAAUACAAAAGGAUAUAUGACAUGGUUUGAGACUCUGUUUCAUCUGUAACUGUCUACAGGAUGACUGACAGUUGAAGCUUUGCGUGCAAAGUGUUUGCUUUGUUUUAUUCGGGAUUAGCAAACAAGGAGCAAAAAGAAAAUGUGGGCUGGUGCCACAAGGCAAUGUUGCUUUGGCCCAGUUGGGUUUGAAAAGCAGAAAAACCUCUAUGAGCUGCUUACCAGGCCUUCUCCCAAUAUUCUAUAAGAUAAUGUACAGUUAUUACUAUGGAAUGAAUGUUGACAGGGAGAUGCAGGACCCUGAUGCAAAGUGGAGGGGUCUUGAAUCACCCUGAAGGAGUUUAUUUCGCAGUGAUUACUUACUUUGGGUACAAGUCAUCAAAAGACUUGCACAGAGUUGUAGUAAUGCAUGGUGAUGCAGUGGUUAGCAUCGUCACCUCACAGCAAGAUGUUUCCAGGUUCGGAACCCAGGAUGGGGGAGCCUCGCUGUGCGGUGUUUGCAUGUUCUCCCCGUGUCAGCGUGGGUUUUCUCAGGGUACUCUGGUUUCCUCCCACAGUCCAAAGACAUGCAGGUUAAUUGGUGACUCUAAAUUGUCCGUAGGUGUGAAUGUGUGUGAAUGGUUGUCUGUCUCUAUGUGUCAGCCCUGCAAUAGUCUGGCGACCUGUCAAUGGUGUACCCCGCCUCUUGCCCAAUGUCAGCUGGGAUAGGCUCCAGCCCCCCCGCGACCCCCAACAGGAUAAGCGGUUAUCGAAAAUCAAUGAAUGACUGAAAUUUCAUGCCAAUCAUGAUUUUUCUUGAGAGAUCCCUGUAUGAUCUUUACGUUGUGUUGUACUGUAGCUGUGUGGGUAUUCUGAGAGACACUGAACAUCUGUGAACCACAGAUUUGCUUUUGCGUUGCUCAGCAUCACCUACUGUAUGAAACAGCUGCUGUCCUGUGCACAUACAGGUGUGCUGCAGUUUAGCAGCCUAUGCAUCAGAACUCUUUGUGCAAAACCAGCUGCUGUUUGUAAGAGCUACCGUCCAUGUUAUGAGCUUAUUCAGGGCAAAAGCACAUUUAGUUUAUCUCUACUUAUACAGUAUUUAUUCUGACUGACUUUCACUUUUCUGAUAUGUUUGACUAAAAAACUAUUGAAAUAAUAAUUAAAAAAAACAGGAAUACUUAUAGUAGUGGUAAUGGAUUUCUAUAUUCUUAGUCUUUCUUAUGUUUUUGUCUUUUUCAUUACAUACGGCAUCCACUUAAACAAGUUUUUGAAUGCAUUUUGUGUGUGCGUGUGUGUUAUUUGCUAUAUGUUUGUAACCAAAAUUAAAUCUUGAUAAGCUUU